GUUAAAUAACUACGAAAUGUUUUAUCUUUAAAUAAACUCGAACCAAAGCAUAUAACAUAGGAAACAAGCUCUCAUGUUUAUGAAUAUUUAUUGUAUUGGCUUCAAAUGGAUAUAAAAAGUUAAGUACUUACUAUUUGUAAUGAAAUAAGUUAUCAAUAAACUAUGACAGUAGUUAUAAUUGCGGAUAUUUUACAUGAAAUAAAUUAACGGGUUGAUGAGGAAGUUUGAGUUUCGAAACCGGACCGGAAGAAGAUAUUUUUAGUAUUUUUUUUCUUCACUUCCUGUUUGUAAUUUUUUCUACAAGAUGUCUGUUCGCACGUUCAACUUCAAUGUUGGUGUGUUGGGGCACGUGGACAGUGGCAAAACAAGUCUGUCGAAAAUAUUAAGUACGACAGCCAGCACUGCUUGCUUUGAUAAAAAUCCCCAGAGUAAAGAGCGUGGAAUUACUUUAGAUUUGGGUUUCUCUUCUGCUGUUGUCGAUAUUCCCUCACACCUUGCUGAAUUGACUUCUAAAUAUGAGCGGCUUCAGUUUACUUUUGUUGACUGCCCAGGUCACGCUUCUCUCAUUCGCACCAUUAUUGGCGGUGCCCAGAUUAUUGACCUUAUGAUUUUGGUUGUUGACAUCACUAAAGGAAUUCAAACUCAAACUGCUGAGUGUCUUGUUGUUGGAGAGAUUGCCUGUGAGAAAAUGGUGGUUGUACUUAAUAAGACAGAUUUGUUGCCACCGGCUAAAAAGGCUGCUACAAUUGAAAAAAUGACAAAGCGAUUACUGAAAACCUUGGAGUCUACAAAGUUUGCUAAAGCCCCAAUAAUUGCAGUGUCUGCUAAUCCAGGAGGAACUGAGACUGGAGAUACUUCAAAAUCAGAGGGAAUUGUGGAGUUGCUGGAAACCCUAAAGAAAUACACUUAUAUACCAGAGCGAAACCUUACUGGACCCUUUAUUUUUUCUGUUGACCAUUGCUUUACAAUUCGAGGACAAGGAACUGUGAUGACUGGAACAGUACUCAAUGGCAGUGUCUCUAUUAAUGAGACCAUUGAAAUCCCAUCUCUGAAAGUGACCAAGAAUGUUAAAUCUAUGCAAAUGUUUCAUUUACCUGUUGAGAAAGUUGUUCAGGGUGACCGGGCUGGUAUUUGUGUGACACAGUUUGAUCCUAAACACCUUGAGCGUGGCCUUGUGUGUUCUCCAGGUUCCUUACCUACUAUUUAUGCUGGAAUAAUCUUUGUAAAGAAGACCCCUUACUACAAAGGAACCGUAUCCACUAAUGCCAAGUUCCAUAUAACCAUGGGUCAUGAAACUAUCAUGGCCCAUGUCACAUUUUUUGGCACUGAAAGUGCUUCUGAACAAGAUACUACUUUAGAUCUUUCAAAAGAAUAUAAUUACCAAGAAGAAUUAUUAGAAAAGCAACCCCACCAGACCAAUCUCUGCCAAUAUGCUCUCUUGGAAUUUGAAAAACCCAUUACUUGUUUGGCAUCCUGUCUAGUGAUUGGCUCCAAACUCGACAGUGAUAUCAAUGCCAAUGUGUGCCGGAUUGCAUUCCAUGGACAGCUAUUAACUUAUUACACUGACUCAAAGUACAAAGAGAAUAAACUAUCAGAACUGAAGAUAUUUAAAAUCAAGUCCAGGGAAGGUAGGGUCGAACGAGUUACUGAUGCUCAUUCACUAAUUGGCAAGGAUUUAUUCAAGAAAGAAACAAAUAUACAAGCCUUUGCCAACCUCAAAGUAACAUUAUCAAGUGGUGAGAAUGGAAUUAUUGAGGGCAGUUUUGGUCAAAGUGGCAAAGUAAAAAUCCGUAUUCCAAAUGGUUUGAGUGAGGAAGUCCUUCAGAGAUAUUCUAGUUCAAAGAAGAAGGGAAAAACUGCUGAGGCUGUUUCACCUGGAGCCGAUCAAGAACCAGUGAAGAUAAUUUUAUCAUUUAAACGAUAUAUUUUUGAUCCAAAGAAAAAAAUGAUACAGUCAUGACAGGAAGGAUAAAGUGUCUUCUAGAGGGAUUUGUUUAUGUUUGUGUGAAUUUUCUCCAGCAAUGCUUUUACAUCUACUUUUAAAAAUAUGUUAGGCACUAUUCCUCAACCUCACACCCAGUGUUCACUUUGGAUUUUUGCUGAGUGAUAUCUUUUGAGGAAAUGAGGUUGGUAAUGGGGUCUGGUGUCAGAAAUAAUGGUUCAGUUAUUGAAUUUUUUUUGGUGAAGCAGUAAAGAAUAACGAUGGCUGUGGAAUUGGUAUAUAUUUGCUAGUUGAGAAGAGCAAGAACUACUUUAUCAACAGUAAAAGAGAUGGGAAGAUGAUGGUACUGUUGUUGUUUUUUGUUUGCGUGUAUGUGUGUGUGUGUUUUGACAGGUGUAUAAUGUAUAUUUGCAGUGUUGCUGCUUUGUUUCAAAUAGAAUGUGAUAUGCAGAUGCAGUUGAGCUUUGUUGAAGGUGAGCAAUUGAUUAUAGCCAGAAUAUUUUCUGUUACUAGAGAGGAAGCUUAGUCUUUAAGAUGCAGUUUUUUAACUGUUAUUGAUUUGUAGUUGCUGUGAGAGAUAAUCAGGUUGAGAAAGUUUGUUAUGGGUUUUAGUUGAGGGUUUGAGAAAGUCUAGUUUUAUAUUUCCUUUAGCUGUAUAUUGAUGAUGUUAGAGGACAGUAAGAUGCAAAGUUCCUAUCUGAAAGAUGUUUGCAAGGCUUUUAUUCAUGGGACAGUGGUACAUGUCUUUUAGUUUUGAUAUGGAUGAUGUGUGUUCAAAAGGCUUUUGAGGAGUGAAAUGAGGGGUUUGUCACAAUAUGAGUAUGUUUCAACUGGAGAUAAUGCUGAUUGAUCUUAUAAGAUACUACUAAAGUGAUAGAGGGUAGGAUUCUUGUUGAUCUGACUCCACACAGAACAUAUAUACAUCUAUUUUCUCCACUGCCUGCAGUAGCUUUAUCACACACAUCUUCAUUAAACCUUGCUUCUGUUGCCAUGUACACAUUCUUGGUCUCAGCAUCAUUUCACAUCAUUUUCAAGUAUAAUUCUAUCCUUUAAUGUUCUCAUGUUACUUCAACAAUUCAUUAUUUUUCUUCAUCCAAGUGUCUUAUGUGCUGCAACGUUCACCCCAUCAAUAACAAACAGGAUUACUUAAGGCUCUUUAUUUGUAUCUUCUACCAUUUAUUCUUCUUUACUGCUUCAAUCCAGAACUUUCCUUGUUUGGCAGUCUUAACAUUGAACUUAAAGAUUGCUUGGAAACAAAACCCACAAAUUCUGUUGAUCCAUCCAUCCAGUCUCUGAUUCUGUCCAUACUUCUGAUAAACGUUAUAUGCUGCUCCUAUAAUCAUUCUGAGGAAUCAAUCUUUCUCAAACUCUGAGCAAACCAGGCUUGGGCUUUGUUUCCUUCACAGAGAGACUAAUUUCAAGGUACACAUCAACACCAAAUGUUUCCUUUGUCAGAACUAUCUGAAAGCAUUCUUCCACAGCAGGAAACUGGAAUGCCUGACAGGACAACUUUACAGACAAAUUUUCACUUUCCUCAUAUCUUUGUUAAGCAGUCAAUAUCUGUAAAAGUUGGUGGACUUGUUUGUAAACAAGUGCUAUAGUAAUCUGAAUUUGUUCAAUUUCAAAAAAUAACCCAAGUAUUGCAAUAUUCACACAUCUGAAAUUGCUGCACCUUGCAACUGAGAUAAUAUUGGCCUCAAACUAAGCAAUAAAAAUGGUACUAUGUUGGUCUGGCAAAUUGACCUACUGGAAAGAAGCCUUACAUUACCUUCACAACCUAUUCUUCUAUUUGAAAUUAUCUAAGAUUAAACCAGAAGCUAAUAUUGGGAUUUUUCCUGUUUGGCUGCACCUGUGGAAAUUUCAAAGAUUGUUGAAAAAUUUAAAAUUUGGUGUAUUGAUGUAAUUUUCUAUAUUUUUCUCAGGAGAUAUUUCACUUUUUCCAGAAAAUUUAUUUUAAAAAAAUUGUAGAGGUUUAAAGUUUGAUCAUUUUUACCCAGUUAGAAAAAAGGAUUUGGAAACUGUCAUUUUGUGUGUUGUAAACUGUAAACAAAUGAAAUAUUGGCAGAAUUCUGCUUUAUGCACACUAUAUAACCCCUUAUAACUUAUGUUUUGGGAAUUUUAAGAAAAUUUUAAAAACAAAAAAAAUUGGAGGCGUGUGAUUUAAGGCCUGUUCAGCUGUUAUUUUUACAUCUCAUGACCACUUUAAUGCAUAGAAUAUAUGUCAACACAUGUACUUUCCUGCAGACAAGAGUUCAUGCUUGACUCAUUACUAUGGAAACAGGCAUGAAUGUGUCUGUAGCAUACUGUCUAAAGUUACCUAAAACUUGCAAACUUUAAAAGCUGUUUACUCUUUAUUUACUGAUCUAUGACGAAAAUGAAUUUUAUGACAAUGAUUAGCAUACAAAACAACACCAUUACACCAAAUAUGAAGUCAAUGGGAACAGAAACUGUAAAGUGGCAGCCAAACAGAAAAGAUCCAAUAUUGUAACAGUUCAAAAUGUAACCUCUUCUGAUCUGCUUCCACUAUGCAAUCUAAAGUAAAUCCUUGGUCAUCUCUCCAUAAUUAAAUCCAAUCUUGCUGACUUAUAUAGUUAAACUCAUCCUAAAUUGCUUCCUCUUUCAUUACUUGUACCAUUAGAGUUAUUACAGAUACCAAGCUAGAGUCCAGUUAUGUUAAUCUUUUUGGAGGCUAUACUGACGUACAGAUUUUCACCUUGCUCACUGUGUUGGCACUAUUUCACUUACCUCAGUUAAACUGAAGUGCUUUAUCUCAUAUGUCAUCUCUUCAUGCAUUAGAAUUCAUUUCCUACUCUAUCCAGUACUUCUAUCAACAGUAUCCACUUCCAGCUACUAAUGCUAUUGUUAUUUCCCUUCCUUGUAUCUACACAGAAUACAUUUAAAGAUGCACAGCAUCUUAUGUGGCUAAAAGUUAACAUUCUGCAACGUCUAUUAGUAGCAUUCUCAGCAUUGUUUACACCACAGUUCAUAUUAUAACCACCACUUCCACCACAAAUAACAUAGCCACACUGCAACUCUAAGUGCUCUAGUUAACUAUUUCUCAAAAUUGAGCCUCCAAAAACUACACAAAAUACGCACCUUCUACUUUCACCAUGAUUUUCAUUGCUUCUUUCCAUCAUUAGUGAUGUUCUUGUCAGAACCAAAUGCACACACACAGCACUCUUAAAACUUGAUUCCAGAUGUUUUUUUUAACUUUAAGACUAGCUACACAACAGACCUUGCUUGCUAGUUGAGCAGAACCUGUUUAUGAAGUAAUUUAAUUUCAAUGAUGUUAGAGAGAAAACUCUAGCACUUUUUCUCACAUUUCUUUCUGAGAUCUUUGGAUGACUAGUCUGUCUUUACUAUUAAGGCUAGUGACUAAAGGUAAUUCAAAAUGAUUUCCUAUUGAUGAUUGGAAAAUAUCUAAUUUGGUGCAAUGCAGUUUUAUUUCAAGUGUUGUUACCGACUCUAAGAGUAUAUAUUACCAAUGAAAUAUUGUUUUCAGCUUGUAAAAUCAAAUUCCAAUUUGAUAUCUAUGAAAAUAUCAGUUAACAUAUUUGAAUAAUAUUGAAAAAAGUUGCUUUCAUCUCUAUCCCUUGUAUGAACCUGUCCAGACACAGAAGAGUUGCAAUGACUGAGCAAAUUAAGUUAUAUGAAUCUAUGUGAUCACUGUAGUACUGUACUAAUCCCUACCACCAUUUGACUGAGAUUAAUAGAGAAUAGGUUAAGAUGGAGCUCCAAACUAACUAGAUAAUAAUUUGGUUUGUUUCAGUGCUGAAAUCAAAUUCUCUCAUACAAAGAAAUAUACUCAAAACAUAGGCAUAAUCAUAUUUUACACAAUAUUUAUCCAUAUUUUCAAAUGGUUUUUUCAUUGCAAAUUUAUAAGGAAAAAAUAUCUUUAUAUAAUGCUUUAUUUACAAGUUUUACAUACUCUCUCAAAUAUUUCAAAGUCAAUCAAUUAGAAAUUUCAAACAAAAUACUUUCUUACAUAUUUUGGAGAAAGGAAAUAGAGAAUUAGUGAUGUCAAUGCCUGUUCUAUUAACUGGAAAUAAAAAUAAUUGCAACAAAACUCAUUACACUGAGAACUUAACACUGCAUCAAGGCAGCAGUCUUUGAUUUAGAAGGGUCCUAAAACAGAUUUUUGUUUAGUAUUACUUUCCCUUAUUUAAGAUUACAUCCCAUAAAACCUUAAUGGCUAUAGUAUUACUUCACAGGUGUUAAAAGUAAAACAGUCAAACACUGGAAGAACAGAUUUGUCUGGUGAAAUAAAGUGGGGUUGGGUUACAUUCCUUUUUUUUUUUAAGGAAUCUCUGCUGGUUUAAAUACUCUUUGUAUUUCUUUGCUUCUACAUUCCUACAAACUUUAUAUGAUUUUUAAGUUUUCAAAGAAAAAAAAAUCUUAAUUAAAAAACAAAUCUUUGUAAUGACUUUGCAUUCCCAAAAAUUCUACAGAAAUUUUGUUUUUAAACUACGAAAUAUUUGACACCAGAUUUGAACAGAGUUAAAGUAAGAAUGACAAUAUCUAAAUAAGUCAGUUUUUCAUUUUCAAAUCAAGUCAGCUCAUAGAGCUGGUGAGGAGGCAAUUUUCAUGCCUUUUUUCCAAAGGCAUCUUGUAAAAUAACCAUAAAUGUUCACUCUAUACACAUUCACAGUGAAUAUCGAAGAAGUAAAAAAAAAAAACAUCAAAAAACAAACAAACAAAUCCUGUUUUAAUAUCAACAUUCCUGCAACAUCUAAAUCCAAUACUCCAGACUU